UUUUCUUUUUUGUUAUAGUACCAUGUAACACCUGUAAAUGAGAAACCGUACGCUUAAAAUGAUUCGAGUUAGCAAGACUUGACUGCUAGCUUACUGUAUAAACAGCUGAAAUCCACGUGCUCUGUUAUGGUGCUUGCGUCAAAAUUUGGACGUAACAUCCGGGUAUUAUUGGAAUGGUGGCGUUCAGAGCAAAGAGGUUUCUUUGGCAGAAAACUGUCUCUUACAUGUACAAGUAUGYUGCAUGCCCAGUGAAGUCAAGCCCCAGUUUGUGGUUCUUUACGGGUCUCAGAAGGGUCAAGCUCAGUCCAUAGCUGAGGGCAUAGCUGAAGAGGCUGAGGAACAUGGACUUAYUGCUGAUCUCAGCUGCUUGAACCAGAAUGAGAAGUUCAAUUUGGUGAAGGAGAGCGCCCCAGUGGUCUUUAUUGUGUCCACAACUGGAGAUGGGGAACCACCAGACAAUGCUCUACAAUUUGUAAGACACAUCAAGAAGAAGACCCAUUCUCCUGACUCCUAUAAACACCUUUGUUAUGCACUUUUAGCUUUAGGAGACACAAAUUAUGCAAAUUUCUGCAACUGUGGGAAGACAAUCGAGCGUCGUCUUCAGGAACUCGGAGCUAARCAGUUUUAUCCGACAGGAUAUGCAGAUGACGGCGUAGGGUUGGAAGUGGUUGUCGACCCUUGGAUUAAAGGACUGUGGAGUGCCAUCAAAGAGGCUUUAUCUAAAAUGGCUUCCGAUGUGACUUCCCACUUGAAGGAGAAUGCAGAAAAUUCAGCCAUGGAGAUUCCUGCUUUGUCCAUCCCAGAUGUCCAGCUAAACCUUUUAAGCAUUACCGACCAGCAGAACCGUGAGCCCGUCAGACCCCCUCGAAGCACAGACUCUAAAAACGCACCUCUCCCCGCCACUCGUGAUUUCAGACCGGCUUCUCCUUCAGGAAGUGCUGGAUUGGCGUCCCAGUGUAGCGGCGUCGCCACGCCAAAAACGCAGACCUGUACUGAUGUUGAACCGGCAGCCUCGCUGACGUUCUCCCUGCCUCCACUGUCCGAGGCCUCACUUAAUGUUCCUGCUCUGCCGCCUCCUUACUUAGACGUUACGUUUCAGGGUGUGGACUCUGUGGGACAGACUUUUGGACCUUUAAACAAAGAGACUGUUUAUGAAGUACCUAUAUCCAAGGCAGUUCAACUGAGCAGAGGAGGUUCAGUCAAGACAGCUGUUCUCCUGGAACUGGACAUCUCUGCUUAUCCGACAAUGACCUAUGAGCCUGGGGAUUCUUUUGAUGUGUUCUGCCCAAACAGAGCUGAAGAGGUGGACAAGGUGCUCUGUAGGCUGGGCCUUCAGGACCAGAAAAACCACCAUGUUCUUAUUGCUCUAAGACAGGACACAAAGAAAAAAGGUGCAAAGUUGCCGUCUCACAUCCCUCAGAGUGUUUCCCUGCUUUUCCUGCUCACAUGGUGCCUGGAGAUCAGAAGUGUGCCUAAAAAGGCUUUUCUGCGAGCGCUGGCGGAGCACACGGCAGACGGAGCGCAGAGGAGGAGACUGCAGGAGCUCUGCAGUAAACAAGGCGCCGCCGACUAUAAUCUGUACGUACGAGAUCCAAACCUCGGCGCGCUGGAGCUUCUCGCCGCCUUCCCGUCCUGCUCGCCGCCUCUCAGCCUCCUCAUAGAGCAUUUGCCAAAACUGCAGCCCAGGCCUUAUUCAGCAGCCAGCUCCUGUCUUAAGCACCCAGGAAAGCUGCAUUUUGUCUUCAACGUGGUGGAGCUCCCAGCGUGCCCUGGGAGACCUGCGGGCAGGCGAGGUUUGUGUACUGGUUGGCUGUUUGACCUCAUCAAUCCCUGCCUGGUUUUCCCUGGAAAACCGGAAUCAUYCAGCAGCCUGCCUCUGCCAAAGAUUCCCGUGAGUUUGAGACCCAGCUGCUCCUUUCGACCUCCUACUGACCCAUCAGUACCCUUCAUUAUGAUUGGACCUGGAACUGGAGUCGCUCCUUUUAUUGGCUUCCUCCAGCAAAGAGAGGAGGAGAGAAAGGAGAAGCCCGAUGUCGCGUUUGGCGAGACCUGGCUGUUCUUUGGUUGUCGCCACCGAGACAAAGACUACCUGUUCAGAGCAGAACUGAAGGAGUUUGUGUCCAGCGGCACCCUGACCCACCUCAAAGCGUGCUUCUCCAGAGACGACAGGGAGGAUGAGGAGGCCGUCGCCUCAGCAGCACAACCCAGAUAUGUUCAACACAAUCUGUUGCUCUAUUCCCAACAAGUUAUCGACGUCCUGCUCAGUCAGAACGGCUCCGUCUACGUCUGCGGGGAUGCAAAGAACAUGGCUAAAGACGUGAAUGAGACCCUGGUGGAGAUCAUUAAAAGCGAGCUUCACGUGGACCAACUGGAGGCCAUGAAGAAACUGGCACAGCUUAGAGAGGAGAAGCGCUACUUACAGGACAUCUGGGCCUGACUGUAGAUGAGGGGAUGAGGGCAUUUGCAGCAUCUGCUGGCCUCGAACAUUUUUAAUAUAUAUGUAUG